AGCAAGCAGAGCUCACCCCAGAAGCACUGCUGGGCUGUCACCUCACACCAGUGCCCUGCUGACCACUGACCACCGUCCCCUCCUGUCCACUCCAGGAUGGCUGUGCCACCCUCCACCUAUCCCCGUCGCCUCCUGCCCCUCUUCCUGGGGCUUUUCCAGGGCGCCCUGCUCCUCUUCUUUGCCCUCUUCGUCACCUAUGAUGAGCCCUCGGCGCAGGUGGAGGAUACCAACUUGGUGGCCAACCAGGUCUACAGCACCUUCCCCUUCUUCCAGGACAUCCAGGUGAUGCUGGUGGUGGGGCUGGGACUCCUGCUGACCUUCCUGCCCCGCUACGGCUUCAGCGCCCUCACCCACAACUUCCUCCUGCUCAACUUCUCCAUGCAGUGGGCGCUGGUGCUGCAGGGCCUGCUCCACCACUUCCACCAUGGCCAGAUCCACCUGGACCUCCACAGACUCCUCAUCUCCGUGUUCGCUGCUGUGACAGUGCUCAUCUCCGUGGGGGCCAUCCUGGGGAGGGCCAGCCCCUGCCAGCUGCUGGUCAUGGCCACCUGUGAGAUCCCCAUCUACCUCGCCAGCGAGUGGGUCAUUGUCACCUGUCUGGGCGUCCUGGAUGUGGGCGGCACCAUCACCAUCCACGUCUUCUCCUGCUAUUUCGGCCUUGGUGUGUCCAAGGCUCUCUUCGGGGCAACACAGCAGCCACUGCACCCCAAGGAGACCCCAACAACCAGCUCUGACCUCAUGUCCCUGGUGGGGACACUCAUCCUCUGGGUUUUCUGGCCCAGCUUCGUGGCUGUCCCCUGCCAACCUGGCGAUGCCCAGCACCGUGCCAUCCUAAACACCCUCCUGGCCAUGAGUGCCGGUGCCAUCACCACCGUGGUGGCCUCCAGCCUGCUGGAGAGGGACGGCAAGCUCAGCCCCGGCCACCUGCAGAACGGCAGCCUGGCCGGCGGGGUGGCCAUCGGCGCGGUGGCCGACAUGGCCGUGCCGCCAGCGGCCGCUCUUGCCCUGGGCAGCCUCUCGGCCGCGGCGUGUGUCCUCGGCUUCAGGUUCCUCACCCCGCUCCUGGCGAGGAAACUCACCCUGCACGACCAGUGCGGCAUCCACAACCUCCACGGCUUGCCCGGCAUCCUCGGCGCCGCCGCCAGCGUCGUGGCCGUGCUGGUGGCACCCAAGGACACCCCCGGGUCGCAGCCCUCUCAGCUGUCCCCCGCGCUGUGCCAGGCCGCGGGGCUGGCGGUGGCCCUCGGUGCCCCGCUGCUCGCCGGGCUGCUUACCGGCGCUGCCCUGCGGCUGCCCUGCCUGGCCCGGCCGCCCGAGCGGCUCUGCUUCGAUGACUCGCUGUAUUUUAAGAUCCACGAUCAGGCUGAGAGCCCGGGGCCGGACGGCAGCGCUGAGGAAGAAGCCCUGGCUCUGAAGGAGCAGGUUUAGGCAGUGGCGUGCCUGCAGCAGGGAGGGACAGGGAAUGUUACCGGCAGGGUCAGCAGGCAGGAGAUGCUGCCUGCUGUCACUCCUGCCCCAUCCAGCUGUCGAGGAUGCCGGCAUGGCUGGGUCAGCACCGCAGCACUGGCCCCCUCUCUGUCCUCCUACCCUGCAGCCGCAGCCCCCUCCGUGUCCCAGUGGCUCCCAGCGUCCGUUCACUCCCAGCAGCAGCCAGAGAAACGUGCUCAGGGUGUCUCCCCCAGGAUGGCUAACAGCCCCCAACGAGCCCACUCUGCAAGGCACUGCCUUCGGCUGCUUCGCUCCCAGCGAGCAGCAUCACCCUCAGUGCCCACCCGACCCUCGGCUCCAGAUUCCCCUGCAGGACAGCAGGAGGAGGCUGCCAGCCCAGGCCACAGCUACAGAAAAGGAACUCCGUAUCCACUGUCGGGAACGUGGAACUGCAGCAUCAGGGAGAUGGCCCCAAGCAAGGACUUCACAGGGAUCUGAUAACCUGGGCUGGGCAAUUCACCCUCCAGGAGAGUUUGCGAAGGGAAGCGCCAACUCUUUUUAGCCCUGGCGCAGCAAUGAGGAUGCAGCCCAAGCACGGCGAGGAGCCUCGGAGAGAGCCAGGAUGCAGGAGGCACCCGCAGCCCACAGCACCCUCAUCCCACCCCGAAGCUGGAGCUGGGAAAGCUGCGCCAGCAUCCCAGGAAGAGCAGCGGCCCCAUCCCAUCCCACCACGGGCAGCGAGCCGCUUCCACCCUGCGGAGGACAAAG